UUGUCCGACAGUGGGCGCUAAGUAGGACGGUUCAACAGUCAAUGGGUUCAACUCACAACAUUUUUUGUUUCCAGUCGACAAGUUGAUGUUUGAGUGCGGCGUUUUUGAAAGACUGCAUGCUGAAACUUUUAACUGACGAAAUCGCACAGGUUUCUUAAUUAAAUAUGGACGAACUAAGGCAUCAGGUUAUGAUAAAUCAGUUUGUUCUUACAGCCGGAUGCGCGGCAGAUCAAGCAAAGCAGCUUCUACAAGCUUCACACUGGCAGUUUGAGACUGCUCUCAGUACAUUUUUCCAAGAGGCUAAUAUUCCCUACAGCCAUCAAAUGAUGUGCACUCCAGCCAACACGCCAGCGACACCCCCCAAUUUCCCAGAUGCCCUAGCCAUGUUCUCUCGUCUUAAAGCCUCCGAGAGCUUCAGCAACAGCAGUCCCAUCGCUUCUAUGGCUACAUCACCAGCUCCUCACACCAACUGGGCCAUGAGCCCUCCGGCAACCCCUGGUCACCAGGGGCGAUGGACUCCAGGUCAGCUCAUGCCGCAGUCGCCGUCACCGGGCUGGCCGGCGGCUGUGACUCAGCAAGCCUCUGCCGAGCAUGCUAGCAUCAUCAUGGGGGCUGAGAGAUAGAGACUGCUUUCACUAGCCAUCACACCUUACACAAAGAUGGAGGAUGGACUUUCCUCUUAAUGAUUUCGGCAGGUGUGGAUGUAAAACAGUGCGACGAGAGCACUGGGUUGCAGCGGAGGGACAGCGUGUGGCCUCUUCUCUGAGGUCACAUGAGAUCUGGGAUCUUAUCAAAUGCUUUUUUUUUUUAGUAUUAUUCUAGGGAUUACCAAAAAGAUGGACAGAAUGAGUGAUUAUGUAGCAUAUUCACAGAUAACCUCGGACAGAUGAAUGUGUUACUGAAUAUUGUCUUUAGUUUCAGCAGUUCUCAAGUAUUGGUGAAAACUCUAUUUUGCACUGUGUACUAAACACCUGAAGUGGAUCUAAGGUUAAAAGAAUAGCUGCUCACCGUCAUGUCAUUCCGAACCUAUUGACUUUCAUUUUACAGACAAAAUUUUCUUCAAAAUAUAUUUUUAUAUUCCACAGAAGAAAGUCAGUCAUACAGGCUUGGAAGGACAUGAGGGUGAGUAAUUGAUGACAGAAUUGUGUUUUUGGCUGAUCUGUCUAUUUAAUUGACAGGUUUGCUGCAGAAAACACCAGAUCUUUUGACCUGGUCUGUCAUUUUUUACUUCAUUAUGACUCUGUAAUGAACUGAAUUGGCAUUUUGUGUUAAAAUUAUGGUUUAGGCAGUUUUUUAUACCCAGAAUGUUUGAUUCUCUGGUUCUGUUUAGCACUUACAGCACAUUUGUCUCUUAUCACAAAUCCCCAUUUGUCCCUAUAAGAAUAUUUCCUUUUCACGAUCAUCUCCCUGUUACUGUUCACACUGCCUCCACAAUAUUUGUGGACUAUGUGAUGGUUUUCAUUUCCUGUUUAUGUUUUUAAAUAAAUUUUGUAUAUAUAU